AUGUCGUCCUGGUUUGGAGGCCUGGGCUCAGGCUUGGGCAACUUCUUGGGUCAGGUGGGGAGCAACUUGCCUUCCCUCACCGACCGUAUAUCCAGUUUCACCAGGGAAAUGCUUCUGGAUGGCAUAGGAGACAUAGAAGCAGGUUUACCUGAUUGUCGGAGAAAGGAAAUGGAAGCUACUGAUGCUCCACUAAGAUCGGAGAAUAAAAGACUUCAAAAGUAUUGUACUGAUCUGGAGGAAAAACAUGAAGCAUCAGAACUGCAAAUAAAGCAUCAGUGUCCAAGUUAGGGAAAUCAACUGCAACAGAAGGAGGUAGAGAUCAGCCAUCUGAAAGCAAGACAGAUGGCACUGCAAGAUCAAGUGUUCAACCUCCAGGCAGCUGCUCAAUGGGUAGGUUCAGGAGCUUGUGGUGUACCAACAACCACUGCACUGGCUCCAUUUGGUUCCCGGAUCAGUAGUGAUUUUUCAGCCUUUCCUGAUGAUGACAUGGACUUUAAUGACCUAAUUUCAUCCCACCAAGAAAUAACCAGAUUGUCAAUUGACGUUUCAAGACUUGAAUCUGAAGUUGGCCAUUCGAGGCAUAUUGCUGAGGCUCAGGGAACACGGAAUUCUGACCCCAGUGAAAUCUGCAAACUGCAAAAUACUAUCAAGACUCUUGAACGAAACCCAAGUCCAGACAUAGAUGAUCAUCAGCAUGAAGUGUCAGUUCUGGAGCAGAGUGCUACUGUGGCAGAAAAGGGAACAAUCCUUCCACAAAAUUCUUCAUCAGUGGAAGAAGUGUUGAGGCUACAACGAGCCCUGUCUGAUGCUGAAAAGGAAAUAAUGAGACUAAAUGGUUUAAACCAGGAUCAGAGUCUUGCUGAAGACAAUCUGAAACUUAAAAUGCAUGUGGAAGCUUUAGAGAAAGAGAAGUCAUCCUUGAGUCAAGAAAAGGAGGAACUUCAGAUAACACUGUCAAAAUUGAGCUGUGACUCUCAAGUAGUUAAAAACAUAGCUUCAGCAGACAUGAAUGUGAAUGUUCAAUUACAUGACUUAAAACUUCACUUGAAGGCAAAGGAGGAAGAACUGAAUCAGAGUAUCCAUGAAAAGAAAAUGCUGAUAGCUGAGUUAGAAGAACUGGACCAUCAGAAUCAGGAAGCUACAAAGCACAUGGUUUUGAUAAAAGAUGAGCUAUCAAAACAAGAAAACGAAGGAGACCUUGUCAUCCAGAAAUUGAAACAAGAUCUAGAUGAUGAAAAAAAGAGAGUUCAUCAACUUGAGGAUGAUAAAAUGAACCUAUCCAAAGAGUUGCAUGUGCAGAAGGAGAAGUUAACUCAGAGUGCACAGAGCCUCAGUGAUUUGCAUUUAACCAAGCAGAAGCUUGAAGAUAAAGUAGAAGAUUUAGUAGAUCAGCUAAAUAAGUCACAACAAAGUAGCUUAAACAUCCAGCAGGAAAACCUUGAGCUUAAGGAACAUAUUAGACAAACUGAAGGUGAGCUGUCUGAUGAGAAUGCACAGCAGCUUUCGCUCUCCCAGGCACGAGUAAGGCAGUAUGCCCUGUCAUCAACUAACCUGCAAAAGGUUCUAGAGCAUUUCCAAGAAGAAGAAAAAGCAAUGUAUUCUGCUGAAUUAGCAAAAGAAAAACAGUCGAUAGCAGAAUGGAAGAACAAGGCAGAAAAACUAGAAGGACAAGUAUCAUCAUUGCAGGAACGUUUGGAUGAAGCAAAUGCUAUGUUGCAUUCUGCUUCCAGACUUACAGAAGAGUUAGAUCAGAAGGAACAACAGAUCCAAGAACUUAAAAGGCAAAACGAGCUCGGAAAAGAAAUGUUGGACAAGGCACAAAAGAAAUUGUCGACUUUGGCAAACAGCCCAGAAGGAAAAGUGGACAAAGUCCUUAUGAGAAACCUUUUUAUUGGUCAUUUCCAUACACCAAAAGGUAAACGCCGAGAAUCCUUGCAGUUAAUGGGAAGCAUCCUGGACAUUCCAAAGGAGGAAAUGGAGCAGUUGUUUAGUGAAUAUUCCGGUGGUGUUACUAAGUGGAUGACUAGUUGGCUUGGAGGGGCAUCGAAAAGUGUCCCCAACAUACCUUGGAGACCAAAUCAACAACCUGUGCUUAAUAGUUCUUUUUCAGAACUCUUUGUCAAAUUUCUGGAAAUGGAAUCUCAUCCCUCUGCCCCACCACCCAAACUCUCUGCUCAUGCCAUGGACUGUCCAGACUCACCAGGAAGGAGAGAGCAAGGUGGAAAUGUACCAGGAAGUGUUAAAGAUGCAGCCGAAUUCAGAGCUGGUAGAAGCACCAACGGGAAUCCAUUCUUGGUUCCCCGUUCGGCAGCUGUGCCUCUUAGUAACCUAGCUGGAGUUGGUCUUGGUGGACCUGGGCAUCCUCUUUUUAAACCCAUUGCAGAUUUCAUGCCCACCUUUACACUAUUGCCAGUGUCCCCGGACAGUAGUGCCACAGUAGUACUAGAGCACCUUCUAAAGCAAAGGCAUUCUCAACCAGAGAUGAUUUAG